UUCCUUUUCAAGACUUAUCCGGGUCUGCUAGUACAUCAUCAUCAAAUUCUAAUCUAUGCAGUUCACAAAAUACCAUUGUAACUUGUUCCCCAAAUAGUUUGUGUCAGUAUCUUCUGUUUUAAAUCAUCUUCUGUGAUAGCUAGCAACUGUGUAUCAAAAAGCUCCGAGCAAGAAUUCACUCCAAAUAGCAGUAGUCAUCCAAUGUUUUCAUGUUUACCUGAACCACCUAUACCAAUAAAUGAAAUUGGUCCCAUCCCGCCACCACCUAUGUUUUCUAGCUCACCUAGUUUGACUGCAAGAUUUCAGCCAUGUAUAGCUCUACUAGAUCAAGCAAUUAGAGAAAGGCAAGAAGCUUGCAAAGCUGCUGCAUCCAUCACAUUACCAAAUUCACAGCUGGAUAGUACUUUAGGAACUGAAAUUAUUGAGGAAAUACCUGCAAAGGAACCUCAUUUAUCAGCUAUGCCUAAAAAAAGUGCAUUAAAAAAGAAGGGAACUGUAUGCAGUACUUCUACAAAAAUAUGUUUUAACUCUGUUUCAUUUGUUACUUCUAAUCCUCUUACUAUGCCAUUGACAAAUUUAAAUAGGCCUGUUACAACAUUAAAAGUUGCUAAGGUGCCUUUAGCUGGUAGUCCUCCUUUCAUUAGUCCAGAAAAUAAAGAAAAUAGGCCUCUGCCUUUUAUGCAUGUUGGUAGUGUGCUUGGUGUAUUAAAUUCAUCCAACAGCCAGUUAGAAAACUUAUUAUUCUGGAGAGAUUAUUAUGGGGAUGAUGAAAACUGUAAAUUGGUUGCAAAAAUUGCCCGCAAGGAUUAUUUAGCAAUGAAGCUUGCACAGCGCCCAGAACGGCAAGAUCUUAUUAAUAAAAACAUUAUUCACUUACAAAGUGAACAAGAACGUCAAGAAGUCUGGGAAGCAGUUGGAAAUCAACUCAUCAGGAGACUUAGUUUGAGGCCAACAGCUGAAGAAUUAGAGCAGCGAAACAUCUUAAAAAAUCAGACUCCUGAGGAGAUGAAAAAUGAAAAGGAGCAGAAAAAGAUAAUGUUAAUCAGGAAGCUGAGCUUCAGGCCUACUAUUGAGGAACUAAAAGAAAGAAAAAUUAUACGGUUUAGUGAUUAUGUAGAAGUAACACAGGCUCAGGAUUAUGAUCGAAGGGCAGACAAGCCAUGGACGCGACUAACUCCACGCGAUAAGGCUGCUAUUCGUAAAGAGCUGAAUGAAUUCAAAAGUGUAGAAAUGGAAGUUCACGCAGAAAGCAAGCAUUUUACACGGUUUCAUCGCCCAUGAAAAUUUCAUAGGAUGCUUAUGUAAUAAUUUUUGACAAUGUUCCUGCAACUCUAACGAAGUCUGCAAUGAGUUACAGAUGAAUAGAGAACUUGUAAAUUAAAAUAUAAUGCAAAAAACUUUUAUUCAUCAGACUUUGAAACAUCAUCUCAUCAUAAAAAAUAUUUGCUACUGCUGUAUAUAUUUCCACAGCGCAAUUGUGAUAGUUAUAAAGUUUGUGCCAAUAUUAUUUGUUCAAAAAACAUGCUGUUCGGGAAUGCACACUGCCAGAGAAAUGGAAACCUCUUUGCAACUGCGUAUCCGAAUGUGCAUGUCAUAUAAUUUUUUUAAAUAUGAGAUUGUUUCUAUGCAAAGCAGGAAUUAUAUACUUUUUACUUGGUUUAUGUAUGUAUUGCAUUGUUGGCAGCUUAUAUUUUAUCUGCUCCAAUUUUAGGCAUUUUUAAAAAGCUCAAAUUUUACUGAGACUGUGGAUAAAAAAUCUCAGACAUAUUUGAAUGAUAACAGAAGUUUUUUUUUUUUUUUUUUUAAUAUUUUUUGCAUCAGUUGUAUGCAAUUCGUUGUAUAUAGCUUUUUUCCCCUUUAAAGAUCUUGUCACAAAGCAUUAGAAAAGCAGUUUUUCUCUUUUUAAUGCUUAUGAAUUCCCCCUAGUCUGAAAAUACCAAGAAAUGGCAGUUUAAUUGUAUAUUAUCUCAGUAACCAAAUAUGUUAACUAUUGUUUAAUUUGACCAAUGUUAAAAGCUUAUUUUUAUUGAUUGUAUUUUGGUCACCACCUAUUUUUCUUGCAUUUAGAUGUUUGUGUCUUGUUAUUGUUUUUAUUUAUAUUUAUAGAUUUUUUGCUUCUAUUUUGUUAUUCAUUUGACUGAUAGAUAAAGCAAUUUUGUAUAUAUGCCAUGUGUUGCAUAUUCUAUGCAAAAGCAGGGACCAAAGACCUACAAAGCUUUAUAAUGCUGAGUGUAUGUCCAAAGUCCCUGAUUUCAUUUCUUUUACAUAUCCUUUUGACCAAAGGGAGCUUGAAAGUACUAAGUUUUUUUAUAUGUCAAAAUGACUACCACUUUAAUUCUGAGACAGGCAUUUUACAUAGAUAUUUUAAAUCCACUAUGAGGAGGGUAACAGGUAAUUAAAAACAUUCCUGUCAAAUUAUAUAAUAAAUAUAUAUUAUUUAUAUUCAGUAAUUUCUGAUAUUCACAUUUUGUUUAUCAGUAUAUAAAAUAUUAUAACACUGAUAAAAUGUCAUCUGAAGUAAAGAACUGUAUCAAUUCAAAAUUAAAUUCUAUUUAAAUACCACUUAUUUAUUAUGUGCAUUAUCAUAAGUGAUUAACAUUUAUAAUUAGUUAAUCUGUUAGGCAUUUUAAAAUUAAAUUAGUUGUCAGCAACAGAUAGCUACCAAAAUGUUUUUUCCUCAUUAAUGUACAAUGAAAUUCAGUAUUAAAUUUUACAAGAGAUAUCAUCAUUGCAUUUUGCAAAAUUUGGCCAUUUUAUUCAUUGCUAAAUAUAUAAAGAAUCAUUAUUUACUAUUAGUUUAUUUCUAGAAAUAUAUAUGUAUAUCAGAUUCAACAUAAUUAUUUUCAUUUUCUUAUAAGCUAAGUUUAACUUCAGAUGUGUUAGGAUAUUAAUCUACUUUACUGAAAAACAGAUGAUUAUUAGAGUAUUUAUUGGGUUUGUGCAAUACUAUUUCAUACUUUCAUGUGAAUGAAAUUUUUUAUAGUCUAUAAAUUUAUUAAUUAGUGAAAACAAACAUUUAUCAACAAAAUUAAUGAAAAAAAACUGAAUUAAGUUAUAAAAAUACUAUUGCUGUGUGUGUUCUGGCAAACAUGAACAACAAAAUAUAAUUGAAGGUGUGUUAUGAAUAAGCCCAAAUAUAUAAUGAUGCUCAAUUUUGGAUGAUAAUAAAUUAAGUAUAGAAUGUGUAAAUUUGAAAAUGGCAUAUUUUCUAUGAAUAAAAUCAUAACUGAAAUAAACAUGUUAGCUACUAUAAACAUAGCAGAUUUUGCAAGACUUUGCAGUCAGUUGCUUGAAACAUUUUAAUGAUUUUUGCAGUUCAUUUUCUAUAAUCUGCAACAGAAGCAUAAUAAAAAUUCUAUUUUUUGAAUUACAUAUGAUUUAUACUAUGAAGGGUGUUUAAAGAGAUUGCAUGAAUAUCUUAGUUGUCCUAAAAGCAGAAUCAAAUUAGGCUGGCCUUCAGGCAAGGACAGUUUGAAAUAGGUGAUAUCUUUUAGUAAACAUAUACAAAAAUUUUAUAUGGGCUUCUUAAAAAAAUGUCAACAAGAAAAAUGCUUUUACUAGCUGAUGUACAUAUACAUUUCCAUUCUCAUGCAAUUAAAAUUACUCAACAUAUCUGUUAUUUAAAUUUGGGAAAUUAUUUACACAUUGCUACAUACCUUAAAUUAUCAAGUACAAAUUUAUAAAAGAAUACCUUUUACAUGGCAUACGACAGAAACACUAACUUCAAUUUCCCAAUUGUGGAAAUAUUAAAAUACAAGUUUUAUUUUGCAAAUUUAAUUUUGUGCAACCCCUAUUUCUUUUGGGGAGAAGGGGAAGCAGCUGAAAGUGAUUCAAUCAUGCCUUUACUUUUUACCAUGUUUUCCAAAAAAGAUGUUUACUAUUCCAGGUCCAAUUAUACACAUUUCAGGCCUCUUUUUUUUUUUUUUUUUUUCCAUGUUUCUCCAAAAAGACCUUUACUAGGGUAAAUGCCAACUGACUAAUUGGAACUUUCUAUAUUCUAUGCAUUUAUAAAAAUUUAAAGCUCCAAUAUUUUUACUGAAAGAGAUUCCAUGACCAAAAUGAUUUCAUAAAUUGGUUCAUGGGUCUCAUCUUAUGUGUUCAAGAUAUUUAGUCAUGCAUUCUUUUUUAAAACACACUGUAUAUGAACUUCAAUUAUUUUUCUUUAUGCGUCUAUAUAAGAAAUUUGAAAUUCAGCCAGAUCACCUUUAGAGAUUGGUUUUCAUCAAUUAACAGUAAACUUAGAGUUUAUAUUGCUUAAAUAUUAUGAAAUAUAUAAUGUUGAAUUAAUUAUGUGAUAAAAUAUGUUUUAGAGUUGUCCAAAUUAUAGAACUGAGCAUAUAAUGUGUAUAAAAAUAGAAAAUUUUCAUUGCAUGUAUUAUUUUGACUAAAGGUAAUUUUGCAUAAUUUUUAUAAUUCACUGUAAUGCAUAUUUGCACAUUCAUAGUAAUAGUAAUGUAUAUAAGAAAGAGUAGGUGCAUCUUAUUUCUGAGAAAUACACUUAUUAGCUCAAAUUUAGGAUGUUUUCACUUAGAUAACCGUUAAAAAAGCGUGCAGUAGAUGUUAUUUAGAUAUUCUCUUGGUUUGAUUAUAAUUCUUUCAAAUUUCAGCAGUUUUUCAAACUUAAGUAAAACUCUUUUCUUAAUAGUAUCCUUGGCCUAAAAGCUUUGAUUUCGAUGUCUGAUUCAUUUUGAAGUAAUAUUGAGCAAUGUUUCAAUGCACUCUGUUUAAGUGUUAAAACUGCAAUGCAAUAACUGCUUUAUGCACUAUGUUUAUACUUUAUGCAUUGAAACAAGGCAUGCUCAUCAUAUUGAUGCCAUUACAAAUAUUAUUCAUAACUGAUCAUAAUGCCUUUUGAAGUUAUGUAGAUUAAAGUUGAGAAAAUGAAAGUUUUAAAUGUAGACCAAUUUUUAUUACCCUUGUCUUUUCCAAUUUUUUAUUACUUAUAAACCAUAGAAGAUGAAUGCUUGUUUUGUAUGCUUCAUGUAUACAGCUGCUCACACUGAUAGGCUGCUUUUCUUCAGUAAUGCAAUGAUUGUGUUUCUCUCUUGGGUACUUUUUACUAUUAUAAGAAUAUAUCAGGAUUUUCAUAAAAAAGUGCAAGAGGGUACAGAAUCGAAUAAACUGUGGAUAAGAUUCCACAUUCAUGUCGCAUAAAUCUUAGAUUUUGUAAAUAAAAUAUACUUCUUUUUAUACACACAAAUGCUAAAUUUGCUAUUUUAUAAUUUCAUUUUAUUUCAUAAUAUAAUUUUAGAAUUAUGUAAUCGUUAUUUAUCAUCAUGAAGUGCUUUGUUUUAUAAUGUAACGAGGGAGAAAAAAAGUGUGUUAUUCAGAAUUUAUGAACACUAGCUUCUUUAUAAAUAAAUACAGAUUUUUAUUACUU